CCACUGAACAUGAAUUGGGUCAACGAGAGCGCACCGCAAGAGUUCAUUCUGUUGGGUUUCUCCGAUCGACCAUGGCUGGAAUUGCCGCUGUUUGUGGUGUUUCUGGUCUCCUACAUGCUGACUAUCCUGGGCAACACGGCCAUCAUCAUCCUCUCCCGCCUCGACUCCAGGCUCCACACCCCCAUGUACUUCUUUCUCACCAACCUCUCGCUCUUGGAUCUCUGCUACACCACCAGCACAGUCCCGCAGAUGCUCGUGAACAUUCGCAGCCCCCGCAAGGUCAUCAGUUACGGCGGCUGCGUGGCCCAGCUCUUCAUCUUCCUGGCACUGGGCUCCACCGAAUGCCUGUUGCUGGGCGUCAUGUCCCUGGACAGGUUUGUGGCUAUUUGCCGGCCUCUUCACUACUCGGUCAUCAUGCACCGAAGGCUUUGCCUGCAGCUGGCCGCCGCAUCCUGGGCGAGUGGCUUCAGCAAUUCGGUGCUGCAGUCCACCUGGACCCUCCAGAUGCCUCUGUGUGGUCACAAAGAAGUGGACCACUUCUUCUGUGAAGUGCCGGCACUGCUCCAGCUGUCCUGUGUGGACACCACCGCUAACGAGGCCGAGCUGUUCUUCAUCAGCGUGCUUUUCCUUUUGAUACCUGUGAUGCUCAUCCUCAUAUCCUAUGCUUUUAUUGUCCAAGCGGUGUUGAGGAUCCAGUCUGCAGAAGGCCGGCGGAAGGCCUUCGGGACGUGUGGCUCCCAUCUCAUUGUGGUAACGCUGUUUUAUGGGACGGCCAUCUAUAUGUACCUGCAGCCACCGUCGCCUGCCUCCAAGGACCGGGGGAAGAUGGUCUCCCUUUUCUACGGAAUCAUCACCCCCAUGCUGAACCCCCUCAUCUACACUCUCAGAAACAAGGAGGUCAAAGGUGCUUUUCAGAGGUUGGUUGCAAGGGUCUUAGCCAAGAAAUAA